AUAUCAACCAAGUGUUUCGCAAAAACUGGCACAGCUAAACGGAUAUAAUAUAUUCUAUAGUCUAUAAAGAACUUAAAGCUAGAUCGGGAAAAUAAUGUUUCAAAAUUUAAUCUACCUGACUACAAAACAGUCAUUUGUUUAAGAAAGUCAUUUUAUGUGCUUGAUCAUAUCUUUUAAGUGAAAUGCUAGUGUCAAGUCUGAAUGUGCAGGUUCACUCAUCACUUGUGGAUUUCAAAUGAUAAGUGAUAAAUUGAUGGAAAUUCAAACAAUGAAAACUGCAGCCUUAAUUGUUACCAUUGUCAUACUGAUUUCACCAUGUGUAACACACCAAACGGAAACGUCAACAAACGCUAGCAAUCUUGCAAAUCAGAACAACGUUACUUCCGGCGACAAUAUCACUUUUAAUGGUACAGAAAAGGACUUUGACCAUCAGGAUUUGAGGAGUCAUGAAGAUAGUGGACACGGAAAAAAUGGAAUUGUUCUUAUACCUGUGCAUUUUUCGCACGUAGAAUACCCGCUGAUUUUCUCUCUUGUGGUGAUAUUUGCUGGUUUGAGUAAACUCGGAUUUCACUAUUCACACUUCCUGUCUUCAAAAGUGCCUGAAUCAUGUGUGCUGAUCGUUCUUGGUGUUAUAUUCGGGACUAUCUUACACUUCUCUGGUGUUUCAAAGGAUGUUAAACUGUACGCUCCACACGAGUUCUUCUUAUACCUUUUGCCACCAAUAAUUUUGGAGUCAGCAUUCAGCUUGCACGAUCGUACAUUUGCUGAAAACAUAGGUGGAGUUUUGCUCUUUGCUGUGUUGGGAACGAUCCUAAAUUGUUUUCUAAUAGGGUUGACCAUGUAUGGGCUUUAUCAAGCUGGCGCGAUGGAAGACGUACAUACCUCACUUGUACAGAUGCUUGUAUUCAGUGCCUUAAUAGUUGCAGUCGACCCAGUAGCGGUGCUGGCAGUUUUCCAAGAAGUUGGUGUGAACAAUAUGUUGUACUUCCUUGUAUUCGGGGAAUCUUUACUGAACGAUGGAGUAACUGUAGUCUUGUACAAUGUUAUGCAAAUAUUUAACACAAUGCCUACAAUUACAGUUGACCAGAUUUUCCUAGGAAUUGCAAAGUUCUUUGUUGUUGUAUUCUUUGGACUGGCAUUUGGUAUCGUUUGUGGGUUGAUAUCGUCAUUCAUUACUAAGUACACAAAUUCUGUAAAAGUGGUGGAGCCACUGAUUGUAUUUGGAUUUGCCUAUCUCUCGUACAUAUUGUCCGAACUGUUUGAGUUCUCUGGAAUUGUCAGCAUUAUAACCUGCGGUAUUGUACAGGUCCACUACGCUUUCCACAACAUCACCAACAAAUCUCGACUGGCCAUUAAGUUCUUUGCCAAAGUCAUGGCUACAGCUAGUGAGAUAAUUAUAUUUCUCUUCCUUGGUAUUGUCACAAUUGACCAAACACACAACUGGAAAACCGGCUUCACAUUGUGGGCACUUUUUCUGUGUAUAUUCUACAGAUUUCUAGUGACGUAUAGUCUAUCAUUAUGUAUCAACAAAUUCUCUACUGGCAGAAUCCGGAAAAUACGACCAGAUGAAAUGUUUAUGAUUAGUUACGGAGGACUGCGUGGAGCUGUUUGUUUCUCACUUGUAGCACUGAUAAACGAAAAGGAAAUUCCAAUGAAAAACAUGUUUGUUACGACCACUCUUUUCGUGAUCUUCUUUACCGUCUUCAUUCAGGGUGGCACUAUCAAAUGGCUCGUAAAAAUACUCAGAGUCAAGUUAGCUGAAAGUAGGCCAGACAUGCAGAUAACUGAAGAACUUUCAAACCAUGUUUUUGACCAUAUAAUGGCUGGUAUUGAAGAAAUAGUGGGGUACACGACUGGAGAACAUCACGUAAAAGAAAAACUAGACCAUAUAGAUGAUACAGUCAUUAGACCAAAAUUACUGAGAAACGCUACAAAGUCCGAGUUAGAUGAUAUUUCACAUUACUACGAAAAAUUGGUAAUGAAAGAGCAUUACAAAAAUCUUCAGUUAAGUGGAGCUAAACUUCCAAGAGUGAAAACAGAAAUCCGGCAUUUAGACAGCGAGUUAGCGUUAGAUAAGCUUGGUCAUGAUGAAGACGAACACGAGGCUCACCAAAGACAUGAUAACCUAGUGGACAAGCGGGACCAAGAACAUAGGGAAGAAAAUAAAGCUCAUGGUGACAAUAUUCACAAAUUCUUCACUAAUACGAUGCAUACCGUCCGAAGUCGGCUUCACCUCAAGGUACACGACAAGAACUUGGUGCACGACCAUAAUCACCACCUGAUUUCACAUCUUCGACGUAAACAUCGGAAGAACAAAGUGCUUCGUGACAUGUGUACAAAGGUUGAGGAAGGCGAAGCGUCUCCACGGCUACCUCCAAAGAGUCUUUCAUUUAAUCUGGAUGGCACUCGAGCUUUUACAGAUCGAAAACCAAGCCAGGUUAAAUUCACGUUAGCAGACACAGUGUACGAAGAAGACGAGAACGGUCACGUGAAUGAAGCUGUAGUGACCACCGAGGACGAAUCGAUCGACAACGGAACGGUCACGUUCACAUUGUGAGACUAGAAAAGUCACAUAUAAAUUUUGAGAACAGAACUGUCACAUUCACGUUGUGGGAAUGAAAAGGACGCAAAAAUACUACACGAGAAGGGAAAUAUCCAAAAAUGACUUAUGAGAACGAAGCAUUAGGCUGAAGUUGAACACAAUAGUUAGGUUCACAGAAGACGCAAAAUUAACAUCGGCAAUUACAAUGUACAAACUUCGGUUAGAUGUAAAACAGUGCAUUUACAAGUUAGUCGGGUAUCAAAUAGGGACGAUGACGGUAAAUGUUCAUCUUUCUUUCAAAUAUAUUAAAAAAAUACGUUUGCUUCUAUAUAUUGUUAUAUAUGUGUUUUUGUUUGUAUAUUCUUUCCUGCAUUUGCUUACACGUUGGUUAUUUUGUGAUGUUAUUGCUUUUGAUCCAGUGGUUGCUUCAAUGAACAUAUGGAUUUUCUCCAUUCUGUUUUAAGUAAUUAUUUGCCUAAAGACAUAAUGGACUUUCUAGUACCAAUGACUUUUUCUGUAAAUAGGACCUGUGGUUUACAUUCCAUAAACAAAAGAAAUUAUAGGAAGUUAUGGAAUAGAACUUGGGAGAAACUUCUAGUACUAUUUUAGGACCGCUUUUCUUAUCUGGUUAUCUUUGGAAGUAGCAUACUAUGAACUAAAAUCUUUGGAACAUAUCUUUGAAGCUCAAUUACAGUUCUAAUAAAAUGAUUAUUACCAGAAUUUAUUUAUUUGGUGAGAAUAUUAUUUCAUCUAAUUGUGGGAAUUAUUUCCAUAGUGAUUUUAUACAAGAGAUUAAACUUAAAGGAACUUCUUUAAAGCUACAAAAUCAGGGUCGGUGAGGAUUGGAUAUUGUAUAUUUUAGGACCAGCUAUUAAUUCUACUCUGACAUUUUGUAAAUUUCAUUUAAUAAAUUAGAUUUUAGUUUGUU